AUGUCGCAAGACGAGGCGUCCUCGUCGAUCGCCCCACGCCGGAGGACUUCUCUUCUGGUUCUAUCAAGGCCGAAAAGCGCCUACGAACAUGCGCCCGAAAGGAGCACCUUUUCCCAACGUCCUAUAUCUGCUCUAAUGCCUGCCACCACUCAUGAUGUGCUAGACUGGUCCAGCUUCAGCCAACAACAGGCGGAAGCUGGGCGAGUUCAUAGCACUCUACCAUUCGCGGGUCCUUUUGCGAACUAUUCUGCCGAGUCGAGGGGUCCAGAGCCGAUGCAUCAGCGACGAUAUUCAACCAUCACGCAGUCUUUUAAGAACGGAAUCUCCGAGCUUCGAUCGCUGACCCGACGAAUGUCGCUCACCGUCAGGAGCAAACAGCCCAAACAAAAGGAGGAAUGGUUGGAGUCCAAGACACUACCUUUGAGUACCGUCAAGACUGCAGACCAGAUGAUGGAUCUGCGCGAGGCUACAUCCACAAGGCCCAAGUCGCGAGGACGACUUUUCAGGAACCCCAGUGCGCGGCGUCGACCAUCUCUCCCACUUCUGACCUCAUGUAACGCGCAAACCACCUCAGAGAUCCCAUUCGCUCGGGGCAGAGGACAGCCAAUCCUAUCCGACCUCGUCUAUGGUGGAACUGAGGCAAGGGCUUCCGCAGCUGCUCAGAACGAACGUUUUCACGCUUCCAGAACUCCUCCUCUGCCGCCUUACGAGCCUCGAGAGAGCUCUGGUAAGCUCGAAGGAGAUGCAGAAAGCGGCAUUGGCAUCAUUCUCGAUAGUCAUGACCGUAGAGGAUCGUCGCCGGCCAGCGCACACGUGACAUGUCGAGAUCCUGCCUCGGUCCUGGCGACAGAGCUUGUUGAGAAUAUUUUAUCGUUCCUCGACGUGGAGUCGUUGAUUAGUGCUUCACUUGUGUCUCAAAAAUGGUACGAUUUGUGCAGGUCGCAGGCCGUCUGGAGAAGAAUCUUCUACCAAGAGUAUGGAUGCAAGGUGCAGACCGGAGUGUCCCAUUUUCCUCCACCAGCUGGGCUAGGUAAAAGCGUACCAGGGCAAGACUACCGAAAGCUUUUCAAAGUGCGUACCCUUAUCGACAAACGCUGGCGCAACGGUGAGGCUGCUGCAAUCUACCUCAAUGGACACAAGGACAGUGUCUAUUGUGCUCAGUUUGAUGAGCACAAAAUCAUCACCGGGUCGCGCGAUAACACUAUUCGCGUAUGGGACGCCCACACCUACCAAUGCAUCCACAAGCUUGGUCCGCCCAACAAUCCGCGAGAGAGACAGCAAUUAGCUUCGGUUGCGGUCGAACCCAAGGGAGUGCUUCCCUUCUUCAAGGCGGACGUGUCCUCCCCAGAUCUCACGUCAUCGGAAAUCCCAAUGUGGCAUCAGGCUUCGGUAUUGUGUCUCCAAUAUGAUGAAGAAAUUCUAGUCACAGGCUCAUCGGACUUUUCCUGCCUCGUUUGGUCCAUCAAAGACAACUACAAGCCUAUACACCGGCUUGUUGGUCACCUUGCUGGGGUGCUUGAUGUAUGCAUUGACAAGACCCGAAUCAUUACAUGCUCCAAGGAUACCACGAUCAAGGUGUGGGACAGAUCCUCGGGCCGCCUUCUCAAGACGUUGGUCGGGCAUCGUGGGCCGGUGAACGCCGUACAAGUCAGAGGAAAUCUGUUGGCCAGCGCUAGUGGCGACGGUCUGUCCAAGCUGUGGCGACUUGAAGAUGGAGUGUGCAUUAAAGAAUUUCAAUCCAAGGACAGAGGUCUCGCCUGUGUCGAGUUCUCUGAAAAUGGCCGGACGAUAUUUGCUGGCGGAAAUGAUCAGGUCAUCUAUGAGUACGACACGAUCACUGGAAACAGGAUCAGAGAACUCAAGGGUCACCGAGCCUUGGUUCGAUCCCUCCAUCUCGACUCGGCCAACUCCCGCAUCAUCAGUGGUAGCUACGACCACUCCAUCAAGGUGUGGGAUGCGAAGAAGGGAGAAUCAGAAGAGGAUGGUGGGCUCAAGAUCAACUUUGACGGAUGGACGUCGAGUUGGAUAUUAUCGGCGAAGAGUAAUUAUCGCAAGAUCGUCUGCACGAGUCAGGAUGGGCGGGUGGUAAUUAUCGACUUUGGUUACGGGAUUGAAGGUGUUGACUUGGUCGAAGCCUAA